AGUUUUGUCUCCCUUAUACAUAUGACGUAAUGAGCAUUAUUAUUUUUUAUUAAAUAAUAAUAGAAAUUAAUUACGGCUUUUCGCAUCUUACUCUAUUCAAAAUCUUUUAAAAAUCCAUGAUUAUUCAGAGAUCUGUGAAUAUAUUAAUGUCGAAGGUUCCUUUUUCAUUAGUGUUCUAAUAAAUUUUAAACUUACCGCUCUACCCUAGUUUUUCGGAUAGAGGGCAACAACAUGAAAUUUGCGUUGUUUUUUGAGUGGAAGUUGAGUGUUGUGUGACUGAGGUGAUAGGGAUAAAUUCCGGCUUCUUUGCAGAAGAGCUCUGGCAUUAAUUUUAUUAAAUAUAAUCUUGGAAAAACAAAUGAACCCGGUGGAAAAUGGCUGAUGAACAGGGAAUAAGACAACUGGAACUUCUCUGUAAACAAUUAUAUGAAUCCCAAGAUACAUCUGUAAGAGCAGAAGCUGAAAAAACUUUGGUAGUAUUUCAAUCGGGUCCAGAUGCUCUUACCAAAUGCCAAGUUCUUCUCGAUAGGGGUGAUUCCUGUUAUGCACAGCUUCUAGCAGCAACCACCCUAACCAAAUUAGUGUCUCGAAGUGCGCAGGGGUUGAGUUUACAACAAAGAGUAGAUAUUAGAAAUUAUGUUUUAAAUUAUUUAGCAACAAGACCAAAACUGCCCAAUUUUGUUCUCCAAGCCUUAGUUACGCUGUUUGCAAGGAUCACCAAAUUGGGAUGGUUUGAUUCACAUAAAGAUGAGUUUGUGUUUAGGAAUGUUGUGUCUGAUAUUGGAAAAUUUUUACAAGGUUCCGUGGAACAUUGUAUGAUAGGUGUUCAACUACUAUCCCAACUCACUUGUGAAAUGAACCAAAUUUCUGAAGUUGAAGCUAACAGGUCACUAACUAAACAUCGUAAAAUUGCUUCUUCAUUUAGGGAUACUCAACUGUUUGAAAUUUUUCGCCUUUCUUGUACUUUAUUAGGAAACGCCAGAGAAAAUUGCAAGAAUUUGAAUUUCAACGAUGAAAGCCAACAUGGUUUGAUGACGCAGCUCUUAAGGUUGGCUCAGAACUGUCUCACUUUUGAUUUUAUAGGUACGUCUACUGACGAAUCCUCUGAUGAUCUGUGCACUGUUCAAAUACCUACCAGCUGGAGACCGGCGUUUCUGGAUUUUACAACUCUUAAAUUAUUUUUCGAUCUAUACCAUUCACUACCAAACACCCUUUCAUCUUUAGCUUUAUCAUGUCUAGUUCAAAUAGCUUCUGUGAGGCGUUCCCUAUUUAGCAAUACAGAAAGAGCAAAGUUCUUGACACAUUUGGUGAACGGGGUCAAACACAUUUUACAGAAUCCUCAAGGUUUAAGCGAUCCCGCAAAUUAUCAUGAAUUUUGCAGACUUUUAGCUAGGCUUAAAUCCAACUAUCAACUUGGUGAGUUAGUUAUGGUGGAUAACUAUCCAGAAGCAAUUCAACUGAUAGCUAAAUUUACCGUGCAAAGUUUACAGAUGUGGCAGUUCGCCCCCAACAGUGUCCAUUAUUUGUUGAGCCUGUGGCAGCGUAUGGUAGCUUCAGUUCCCUACGUUAAGGCAACGGAACCUCAUUUAUUGGAAACGUACACUCCUGAAGUAACAAAUGCUUACAUCACUUCUCGUCUUGAAUCAGUAACUGUAGUGGUACGUGAAGGACUCGAGGAUCCUUUAGACGAUCUGGGAAUGGUACAGCAGCAAUUGGAACAGCUAUCGGUGAUAGGACGAUGCGAAUAUCAAAAAACAUGCAUGCUUUUAGUACAGUUAUUCGAUCAGGCUGUGAGAAGUUAUUCGGAGCUAUUGGGUAAUCCUAGUCAAGGAAUGGAGAUAACCAUUCAAGAAGGUCAGUUAACCUGGUUGGUUUAUGUAAUAAGUUCGGCAAUAGGUGGUAGGGUAUCGUUUAAUAGUAACGAAGAACAUGAUACAAUGGACGGUGAAUUAGUGUGUAGAGUGCUGCAAUUAAUGAAUUUAACGGACUCCAGAUUAGUGCAAGGUGGUUGUGAAAAACUAGAAAUGGCUAUGUUGAGUUUCUUCGAAGCAUUUAGGAAGAUAUACGUUGGUGACCAGGUGCAGAAGAAUUCCAAAGUGUAUAGGAGGCUUUCGGAAGCUUUGGGACUAAACGAUGAAGCCACCGUUCUUAGUGUUUUCAUUAGAAAAAUUAUUACUAACUUGAAAUACUGGGGACGGAGUGAACAAAUAAUAAGCAAAACGUUGAUACUACUCAACGAUCUUUCUGUGGGUUACAGUUGUGUUAGGAAGCUUGUUAAGUUAGACGAAGUUCAGUUUAUGUUGAACAAUCACACUAGCGAACAUUUUCCUUUCCUUGGUAAUUCAGUAGCGGUAACGGAAAUGCGCUGUAGAUCAAUGUUUUAUACAUCUCUGGGUAGGCUGCUUAUGGUCGAUUUGGGAGAGGAUGAAGAUCGAUUUCAUACAUUCAUGUUACCUUUAACAGCAUCAUUUGAAAGUAUAGGAACGCUAUUAGCAUCAGCGGACUCUCCAUUAUUUGCAUCGGAUGAAGCCAAAAAAGCUCUUAUAGGCCUAGCUAGAGAUUUGCGGGGAUUAGCUUUCUCGUUUAAUACCAAAACUUCCUACAUGAUGCUCUUCGAUUGGAUUUAUCCCAAUUAUACGCCGAUUUUACUCAGAGCUAUUGAAUUAUGGUAUCAUGAUCCACAAGUAACUACUCCUGUUUUAAAGCUGUUUGCUGAAUUAGUACAAAAUAGAUCACAAAGGUUGCAGUUUGAUGUUUCAUCUCCGAAUGGUAUAUUAUUAUUUAGGGAAGCUAGUAAAAUUAUUUGUAAUUAUGGUAGUAGAAUAUUGAAUGUAGAAGUACCAAAAGAACAAACGUAUCCAUUGAAGUUGAAAGGUAUAUCAAUAUGUUUUUCGAUGCUCAAAGCUGCCCUAUGUGGAAGUUACGUCAACUUCGGAGUAUUUAGAUUAUAUGGCGAUGAAGCCUUAGAUAACGCCUUAAAUAUUUUUGUAAAAUUGUUGCUGUCAAUUUCUCAAUCAGAUUUAUUGGAUUAUCCCAAGCUUUCUCAAACAUAUUAUGUUCUACUAGAGUGCCUGGCUCAAGAUCACAUGAGUUUCCUAUCGACGCUGGAACCUCAAGUUUUCCUGUAUAUUUUAUCGUCGAUUUCGGAAGGACUUACUGCCUUAGACACUAUGGUUUGUACAGGAUGCUGUGCAACGUUGGAUCAUAUAGUAACCUAUUUAUUCAAGCAAUUAACGCAAAAAGUGUAUCCAGGUAAAGAACAACGCGUUGGAAUGACUGCGAAUAGUGACAUGUUUUUGAAAGUACUUGAAAUGCAUCCGGAGAUUCUACAACAAAUAUUGAGCACCGUAUUGAACGUAAUAAUGUUCGAAGAUUGUAGGAACCAGUGGUCGAUGUCGCGACCUCUUCUAGGGCUUAUUUUACUAAACGAAGAAUAUUUCAAUCAAAUGAGGGAGAGUAUUAUCAGAAGUCAACCUCCAGAUAAGCAAGCGGCGAUGGCGCAAUGGUUUGAAAAUCUCAUGGAUGGAAUAGAAAGAAAUUUACUAACUAAAAACAGAGAUAGGUUUACGCAGAAUUUGUCGAUGUUCAGAAGAGAUAUAAACGACUCUUUGAAAGGGCCCAAUGUAAAUACUUCUUCAGUCAAUGAUAUGAUGACUUCAUAGUGACUUAAAAGAGUAGCUCCUUAAUUUGUGAGGUUAUGUGCCGUUGUAUGUAUUGUGAAAUAUCGUUACUUUUAAGUACACUUUGCAUUUAUUUCAUUUGAAAAUCUGAGAUAUCUAAUAGCGAAAUUUUUUUGUUAUUGGUUACGAGUGCGAUGCAAAUAGUUGAUGACUGAGUUUUUUAUAUAAGUUAUUGAGUAACGAGAAGAAAUAAAUAAAUGCAUUGACUUA